AUGACAUCGAAAGUAGCUCCUACGCGCAAUACUCUUCAGGGUAAACCCGCUAGUCUUCCAAAUCAAACUCUCUACUGUACCAACCUGCCGGAUAAACUUCGCAAAUAUGACUUGCGUGUGUCUCUCUAUAUGCUGUUCUCCACCUACGGUACGGUUCUAGAUGUCGUGGCUAUGAAAACCAAGAAAAUGCGCGGCCAAGCCCAUAUUGUUUUCAAAGAUGUCCAAGCAAGCACACAAGCGAUGCGCGCUCUCCAAGGGUUUGAAUUCUUUGGUAAACAGUUGAAAGUUGUCUAUGCAAAAGGUACGUCGGACGUGAUUGCUAGGCUCCGUGGGACCUACAAUGUGCCGACAACCGUAGCUGCACAAAUAGGAGGUUCCUCGACAGAUCUUCAGAAGUCCAUCUUCAGCGGGCCUCCCGGUUCAACAGCGUUGCCGUCAAGAACUACCGGGGAAACCAAUGGAGAGACCACAUCUCAAGGAACCAAACGCCCUCGUGAGGAGGAAAGCGAUGAAGAAGAAGCGCCAAUGGAGGAGGAAAGUGACGUGCCAAUGGAAGACUCAUCAGACGAAGAUUAG